AGAUGUUUUGAUUUGUCAAUGCAAUUUAUUCAUUUGUUGUCAUCGGUGCAUUGCGACGUCUUCGUGGAUUGUGAGUGAUAAAAGGUAAAGAAAAAGAUACGUUCGUAGCGAAAUUGGCUCAUUGCAAUUAGAGCGAACAAGUAUCGCUAAACAGCUCCAGGCUGGAAAUGUGUCCACUCUACGCAGGGACAGGAAUACACGUUGGAGCAGCAACGGCUCCACUAUUUCCCACAGUAUAGGAGUCGGUGUUUCGUGGAAAAAAAAGAAAAGAAAAGAGAAGACCUUUCAGCGUACACGAUAACGCUAGAGAAAAGGUAAAAUUUACCCUAUUGCAAGCUGCAGAAUAUCGAAACCGACUGGGCUCUUUGUAUUCUUGAGCACCGUUUUCACGGUUGAAUAUUUACCCCCUGGAGCAAAGUGAAUCAAUCGCACUGCCAGCAUGAACGUUCUGGAAAGCUGCACACACUAAACGGGUGCACACAUUCCAAACGGGGCGCCGUGAUCGUGAGACGCGGGGACAAGUGCGAACAAAUACCGUCUUGUUUGUGUCCAGGCGAUAGCGGUAGCAGGAGGCAGUGGAGGUGCGAAAGAGAUAACGACCGACUCGGUGGGCCGUGGGCGAGGCGGAGCAGAGAGAGGUGUAGCAGAAGCUGUUGUUGGAAGUGUCCCCGCGGCAGCGUUCCAGCCUGCCAUAGGAAAACGUUUGCUUCUGGUACACAGGCAGUCAGUCUGUCUACCCACUAUAUACACCAAGUCAUCAAAUUCCACCACCAUCAAUCGACAUCCGUUCCGGGGUUUAGAAUUGCUUCCGGAGGGGUACCGUUUGUUUUCGUUACCGAAAGCUCUGCUCGCAAUCGAGCAGCAGCUGCAUCCGGUGAGCAAUGAACAUGAAACCGAAGCAGCCGUACGGCAACACGACAAAUGUCACCAAAAUCUUGACUAGCCGCCCGUACUGGGAUAUGGAGCAUGUGCUGCGGAACCGGCUCCGAACGGCACCGCAGUUCGUGGACAACAUCGAGCUGGAAGCGGAACUGCGCGGUCACAACGGAUGUGUGAACUGUCUGCAGUGGAGCGACAACGGGCACAUACUCGCUUCCGCCUCGGACGAUUUCCAUGUGAUGCUGUGGGAUCCGUUCCGCCACAAGCUGCUGCACGAUCUGAUGACACCGCACGAGGGGAACAUUUUUUCCGUCAAGUUCUUGCCGAAGCGGGGCAACUCCCUGCUGGUGACCGGUGCCGGCGACAGUAAGACGUUCGUGUUCGACAUCAACCGACAGAACGACAACCCGAUCCGGCAGUGCAGUUGCCAUCUGCAGCGCGUCAAGCGGUUGGCCACCUCGCCCCGGAAUGCGCACAUGUUCUGGUCGGCGGCCGAGGACGGGCUAGUACUGCAGCACGAUCUGCGCCAACCGCACGCCUGCCACGGACAGGACGCGAACGUGCUGAUCGACCUGCGCAGCUACAUGAGCACCGUGCCGGAAGUGAAGUGUAUCGCAAUCAACCCGCAGCGCCCGGAGCAGCUAGCCAUCGGGGCCAACGACAUCUACGCUCGGCUGUACGAUCGUCGCAUGAUUUCUCCUGGAAAUCCUAACAGAAGAACGGAAGUGAUGGGCGACACCGUCUCCGUCACCAAUCUGAUCGACAACAUCCCCAAGGACGGUUGCGUGCAGUACUUCUGCCCGGGACAUUUGGGCAGCAAGUACCAGGCCGCGUCGCAGCUGGGAGAAAUGUAUCAGUACAAAGCAGUCACCUACCUCACGUUUAGCCCGGAUGGCACGGAACUGCUGGCCAACAUGGGUACGGAACACAUCUAUCUGUACGACAUCACCCGUUCGCGCAAUCCACUGUUCCUAGAACUACCCAAGCUUCCCGGUGCGGCCGAAGGCAGCAAGAGUGGUGCCAAUUGCUCCGGCGCGGAUGCAAGUGUGGGGGCCGAAAAAACGAAACACAAAUUCUCCCCAGAUGUGGAGCAGCUGAAAAAGGAAGGCAACGCUAGCCUGGAGAAGGAACAGUUUCUGCAGGCGAUCAACAAGUACACGCAAGCGAUACAGAAAGUCAAUGGCAAGGAUUGUGCCAUACUGUACCUAAAUCGGGCCACGGCCCUGAUGAAACGCAACUGGUACGGGGAUGUGUACGCGGCGGUACGCGAUUGUCACACUGCGUUGCGGCUCGAUCCACAUUACGUGAAGGCCCAUUUCCGGCUCGCCAGGGCGCUGCUCAAGCUGGACAAACUGAAAGAGGCACAGAUAUGCCUGGAGGAGCUGGUGCGACGGUUUCCCUCGUACGCAAAGAACCCGGGCGUACUGAUGCUGGAGAAGGACAUAGGGCUUGAGAUGGACAAGGCACGCCACCGUUCGCCCUGCAGCCGUAUGCAGACUGAAACGUACGAGCAAAAGGAAAAUUACUGGCGCACGAUGUCGAUUGACUACGAGCAGCGAUACAUUGGACACUGCAACACGAAGACGGACAUCAAGGAGGCGAACUAUUUGGGCGAUUCAAAUUACAUCGUAGCCGGCUCCGACGAUGGCAAUUUCUUUAUCUGGGAUCGGCACAGUGGCAUCAUUCACUCGGUCUUUCAGGCCGACGAGCUUAUCGUGAACUGCGUCCAGCCGCACCCGUACAUCUGCAUGCUGGCCACGAGCGGUAUCGAUCACGAGGUGCGCCUCUGGUCACCGCAGUCACCGGAAAAGCCCGCGGUGCGUCGUACGACCGUGGUCGACAGUAUCGUGCACGACAAUCAGACUCACAUGCAGAUCGAUCCGUUCGACUCGAUCGCACCGGAUCAGGCGAUCUGUCGGGCUAGUUAGCUUUUAGUGCAGCUGAUUGGCAGUAUCAUUCAUGUGAUUAAAGCUAGCAUUAAUAAAUUAUUAGCAAGGGCUCGCCUGCAGUAACUAGACCGGGACCGGCUGCGGUGGCUGCGUGUACUCGAAGGGAAAACAGGAUAAAGGAAGCAAACCUUGCCGGACACAUGAUUAGCCGCGACUGUACGUAGAUGGCAUCCGGCAACAGCGUGGUGCAUUGUUGCAAAUGGUAAGCCGUCGAAAAACAGCGUCCCUUUGAGCCAUUUCAUACGAUGGAGAUGGUUUAAGCAUACCGCCGAACAGGAAGCAACGGUAGUUUAACGCACGACCUCUAGACAAGUUGAGCCUCGCACGGUAAAACGAUGACCUGCCACAAGCAGACAAGUGUAUGAGCGCUCUCUUCAGCAUCUUCCAUCCACUGGGGUACUCGGGCAAUUACCCUACCUUUCGUUACUGAAUUUUGCAAAUUGUCUAGUUUAGUGUUCUGUGCAUAAUCAAAACAUUCGGAAUCAAAUAUUUAGAGUCAAUUUUGGUUGAAUUUUGAAGCCAUUCGAUUACCUUUCAGUUCAUCUGUAAACUCCCAAAAUCGAUACAGUGCGGCAUUCGGCACUACAAACCGCUGUUUCAUCUUACUUUGGGAUAGCAUUUCAUCGAAAGUUGUACCAUAAUUAUUCAAUUUUCAUAUAAUGAUCACGUCCCUUGGAUUCGGUGGCUAUUGAAUCGAAAAAAAAAAUCAUAAUUAACAUA